AUGUCUGCAUUUCCAGCGGAUCCUGAAUUAGACGAUUUUUUAUCAAAAGUCGAUGAAAUACAAAAUAUUGUAAAAGACUUGAGUUCGAAUGAUGAACGUGCAGUGAAGACAGCAAUGGAACGAUCUGAUGUAAUAAUAAAUGCAAACAACAAUACCAAACAGGGUGUUAAUCGAACAUUGAUUAAUAAAAGUGUCAAUGCUAGUACUACUUCGACAAUUCCACAAGAUGCAUUUAUGAAAUCUAUUGAAGAAGAUGCACGACAACGUGGUGAAGAUCGAAAAAAAAGACGAAAAUUAGCUGAUGAAAGUAAAAUAAAAGGAAAUGAUGCAUUUAAGAGCGGAAAAUAUGAACAAGCUAUUGGCUACUAUACUGAAGGAAUUCAACUAUUGAAAGAUUACGAUGUGCUUUACACAAAUCGUGCACAAGCAUUUAUAAAACUUGAAAAGUACAAAGAGGCUAUUGACGAUUGUGAUUGGGCAUUGAAAAUAAAACAAAAUUUUAUCAAAGCGCUGACAAUUAAAGGAAAAUGUUAUAUGUUAUUAAAACAAUUUGAUAAUGCUUUGGAACAAUUUAAUCAAGCAAAAAAAAUUGCAAUAACAAACUAUGAUUCAGAUACAAAACGUAUUAUUGAACAAGGCUCUGAAUUAGAACGUCAAAAAUUAAUAAAUAAACGUGAACAAGAGGCCCAUGUAUUUUUACAAAAUGAAGAUCCAUCAACAUCAUGGAGUAUAGCGAGUAUCUUAAAGAAACUAUUUGAAACAAAUAAUUCAUUGUUGUAUUAUUGUGGUGGAAUUCAAUUAUUAAAUGAAAUUAUCAUUGAUGAAACAACAAGAACAACCUUUCGUGUAAAUAAUGGGUUUCAAUUAUUUUAUGAGCAUCCUAUUAUAAAACAAAUGUUUCUUUUGACCGAUACCAUGACGAUUGACGAAGAAAAUUUAUUAAACUCAUUACUUAAUUUAAUGGGUAUUGUAUCAAAGGAUGAUGAUGAAAAUGGUCGUCUAUGUUUAGAAACUGAAGGCAUUACAUCGUUUUUGAAUGAUUUAUUAUUUGUUAAAAAGAAUUGUUCAGUCAGCAUUAUUCAAUCUUGUUUACUAUUUCUUGUUGAAAUUUCUUUAAGCAAAGUCUGUCGUACAUUAUUUCUACAAAAAUUUUCUUUAGAAAAAGUUGUACCGAAAAUUUGUGGUCUAAUCAGUGCAUCAUUCUCAAACGAUAUUCAACAGAAUGCAGCACGAUUUCUAAGUAAUCUUGCUUUCGAGACAAGAUUCAAACAAUUUAUUAUUGAUGCAAAAGAGAAACAACAAUAUAUUGAACAAUUUCAGUCAUUAUUGACAUCAAUUCAUAUUGACGAAGAAGCACGAACAUUAUUACUAUCUGUUCUGACAAAUUUAAGUUCCGACAAAAAUCUACGCAAAUUAUUUAUUAAUACUCCUGUAGUAUUCACAUACAUUGUUAAUUUAUUGGUAAUAGAUCAAUGCAAACUUAUCGAACGUCAAACAAAUAUACUUGCAUUAGCAAACAACUUGUCGGUUGAUCAAAGUGAAGCAUUAACGUCUGUACAUCAAAUGUUAUGUGAUUGUGCAAUGAAGUUAUUGAAAACAUCUGAACAUCAACAACGUUCGUUAACACUGUUGGGGAAUGUAGCACUAAAUUGUAAAGAAUCGAUACAGUAUAUGGUGGAUCGUGGUAUUAUUUCAAGAAUAAAUGAAAUUUUUCAAGUAAACUAUAUAUGUCAUAACAAUUUAACGGAAGAUAUGUCGCGUGCAACAAUGCGUUUACUAGCCUUAUGUACUCAAACAAACGACGAUGCUCAGAAACUGAUAGCAAAUGAAAACAAAACACUAUUGUUCAUCUACCGUAGUCUUUUUAAUGGUACAAAUUUUAAUUUAAUUGGAAAUGCAGCAUUGAUUUUUGGUUACAUUGCUCACAUACCUUCUGUUGUCAGUUACUUUUAUUCAACUGAGAAUUUAAUGAAAAAUUUAUUAACACUAAUUCAAGAUUUAACAAAUAAUGACUCGAAAAAGAAUGUUGGAAUAUUUAUAACGAAGUUGGUGAAGAACGACGAAAGGCUCCUUUUGGAAUUUCGAAAUCUAAAUGGUACUGAGAUACUUGUUUCAUCAUUAAAAAAUAUUCAAUUGUAA